GCGGCUUUGCUCCCUGCGCAUGCGCGGCCAUCGCGGCGGCUUCCGGCGCGCCCAAGGCGACGGCGGGGUUGCGAUGGAGCGGUUCGGGCCCGGACCCGUGAGUGCCGUGCCGGUGGCCGAGUUCAGGCCAAAUGAGGGUACAUUAACAUCGACUUUAAGAACACUUCUGUUCUUCACAGCUCUAAUGAUUACAUUACCUGUUGGACUGUAUUUUUCAUCAAAGGCUUAUGUAUUUGAAGGUUCCUUGGGAAUGUCUGACAGAGACAGCUAUUUUUAUGCUGCCAUAGUUGCUGUAGUCACUGUACACGUAGUACUUGCUCUCUUUGUUUAUGUAGCCUGGAAUGAGGGUUCACGGCAGUGGCGCGAAGGCAAACAGGACUAAAAUGAAGAUCAUCAGUGCCUGAUGUCCACAGACUGUAAAUCAGAUUUUUUGUGAGCUGAAUGUAAAGCAUUCUUCUAAAUGUAUAAUACACAUGCACAGACGAGGCUGAUGCUUUAGUUGUGGUUAAAAUAAGAUUUGUACUUAUUUUGACUGUGUACUAGUGUUUUGUGUAAUGGUAACGGAAGUUGUUCUUUAGCCAACUUCUACUAUGUUGAGCUGAGGAAGCCCUCACUUGCAGUUAAAGUGGAAUAAUAAUAUAUUUUUGAAAACUCCUGUAGCUACUUUUUUCAUGCCUACUAUUUUUCUGGCUUGCUCUAAAAAUAAUAUUGGGAUGAAACGAGCAUUAAAUUUUCAAGGAAUUAAAUUGCUGCUUAAAAAAGCUACAUUACUUACUGCCCAGCUACAGUGGAAAAAAUGGAAUUUCACUUUGCUGUGAAUAGUUUCCUGAUUUAUAUGUGUUGUGGCUUAACCCCAGCCAGAAACUGAGCACCACGCAGCUGCUCACUCACUGUGACCCCCUCAACAGAAUGAAUGAGUGUGGGAAUCAGGAAAGCAAAGUGAGAAAACUCAUGGGUCAAGAUAAAGAUAGUUUAAUAGGUAAAGUAAAAGCUGUACAGCUAAGUGUGUUGGUUUUCAGUACAAAUUCAAACCAUUGCCCCAUGGUAGCUAUUAUGAAGAAAACUACCUCUAUCCCAGCCCAAACAAACCAACACAGUGGGAUAGGUGUAAUUAAUCUAUUUCUGUGUUUAGAAGUAAUUUCAAAACUGGAAAUGUUUAGAAACUCAGGUGAUGUCUUUCUAAUGUGAAGUACAAUUCUUUUUUCAAAUAUAUUUUUUAUUGCAGUAUAAAAUUCAAUCUUUAAUUUCCUUUUGGGAGGACUGUGGUAUUAUACAUUGCUCAUCUUUCUCCUCUUCUACAAUUUAUCCUAUAUUGCAAAGGAAAGGGCAUAACAUAUUUUUUUGUUUGUCUUUAGAUAGGUAUGUAUCUCCUUUAUGUUUGCUAAAGUGUUCAGUUGGAUUUCCUGUGGUAAAGCAGUGUCGGUAACAGCCAUAAGCUGCUGUAAUGGCUGGUAGGGGAAGGAGUGAGAGAAAACAAGCUGUAGUCUGCAAAUGGUGUCUUUUAUGGAGCAGAGGACAUAAAAAUGACCACAUGGAAUACUGGCUUCUUUUCAUAACUACUUACUUGUACACUGUGAAAUGAUACAAUAUGUUGAUUGUUUUCUUUUUUCCUUGGUUGUGCGUAGUCAAAUUUUAGUGAGAUUUUUGUAAGAUAAUAUGAAUUUCAUUCCACUGUUGUGCUGUUGUUAGCAAGCUUCUUAAUCUCUGGCUAAAACAUUUUUUCUAGAGUUCCGGCAAGGCAGACUUUUUUAACCCUGAUGAUGGCUGUUAAAGCUGUUGGGCUGGAGGUCAUUCUGUUAAGUUGAAUUUUCCAGUUUAUUGUAUUAGUUUAGCCUUUCUUGGAAGUUUUUUGCUUAGUAUGGGGCUUGGCAUAGUUUUGGUGCUGCAUGUGUCCGUGGUUAAACAUAUGUAUAAAUGAGGCAAAAAUUGAUUAUCUGUGCCCAGUGGCUUGAGAUUUCUCCAAGCCCCAUUCUUGUCUUGUCUACCCCAGUGUCAGGUAUGCAUGAGCAUAUGCACCAUGACUCACUAAUGCAAAUCAGUUUUUUACACUUGGUUUCUGCCGUGUUACCUUCUCUCAUCCAGAGCUACAUUGUCAGGUUGCUGCUGGCAAGCUGGAGACUCUUAUCAGAGUACUUGAAGUGCGAAGUUAGUUUGUACAUGGGCAUAUUGGCUUCCUGUUCUCCAGUGUAUGAAGUGUACGUUGUGGAACAAAUACUGCCUUUCAAUAAAGACCUGCCCCUCAAUACAAGAUACAGUAAACAACAUGUGUGGAACACUUUUUGAAUGUCUUUAAUAUUCCACAUGUAGAGUACAGCUUAAAGCAAAUAUAUAGCCUUGUUCAAUAGCUUAGCUUUUUUUUAUUAUUUUUAAUUUAUUCACAGUGGAGAAUAAAUGAAGAGCUACACUUAUGAAAUAAAGAAGUUGAAAUUUAUUUGAUACUAGAAGACAGUGGCAGAGAAAAUGAAUGUUACAAAAGUAUUUGAUGCUGACUCCAAGGGGAACACACCUGCUGUGCUAUAUUAGGUGGAUCCUGUGCUAUGUCUGUUCUAUAUUUCAGGUAGCAGAAUCCCUAGACAUAAAGUUAAUUUCCUAGGAAUAACAGGAAAAUAAUUCCUUAUUAUAACUUCAGUUAAAAAAAUCUGACAAGUUUGGUCUUCACUGUAUGUGCAGGUGCUGUAAUGUCUCAGAAGUUGGGGGUAAUGAGCUGAGCAUUAGUCCAUCUAUUGGAAGAUCUUUGAAGGUAAUACCUUGAUCCACAACAUUCAUGGUGAGAAAAGAGACACUGCCUGAGUCUGCACAGCCAGAGCCAGGUGCUGGUUUGAUGUUGCCUGUGCUUCUGGAACACAGAAGUGUUCCCACAGAGUGGGAACAAUCCCUCAAGUAAAGGCUGCAAUGAAAACAGCCUGUGAAGGGUUGUCCUCCUGCAGCCCAGGAAGGUUCAUGGGGAGCAUUUUCUUCCCUCCUUCUUUGCCAGCAGUGGGGAGCCAUACUGGAGCAGUUGUAGCUGAAGGAAGGGACCCACACUAGAGCAGUUUGUGAGGACUCUACUGAGGAGGAAAGAGGGCAGGAACAAUGUGUGAAGAGCUGACCACAACACCCAUUCCUUGUUCCCCUGUGCUACUGCAGGGGAGGUGGAGAACUCGGGAGUCAAGUUGAAUCUGGAAGAAGAGAGUGCUGGGGGAAGGUGUUUUAUUUUGCAUCAUCCUACUCUGAUUUGAUGGGUAAUAAAAUUAAUUUUGCCAAA